AUGAGGGCUGCUGAGGCGGGCCCUAUUAGUACUGCUGCUGCUGUUGCUGCAGCAACAGCAGCAGCAGACGGAGCAGCAGCUCAGGAAGCCAGCGCAGCAGCAGCAGCAGCAGCAGAAGCAGCAGCAGCAGAAGGCCGCGCACUGUUUAUCUCCAAUGCGCCGCUGCUGCUGCAGCAGCAGCAGCUGCAGCAAAUAUUUGCUGCCUUCGGUUCCAUUGAAGCCUUCUACGACAAACUAACUCAGCAAAAAAUAUCUAAGAAAACGCAAAUCUGCGUUCGUCUUGUGCAUAUUAUUUUCGGGGAAGCAGCAGCAGCAGAACGUGUACUCGCAGCCUCUAUACCCCUUCACUGGGGGCCCCCAAACCCAUCACCUUCGGGGGCCCCCCAUCUGGGAUCGUCUGGGGGCCCCCCUGUGGGAUCGUGUGGGGAGCCCCCUGUGGGAUCGUGUGGGGGGCCCCCUGUGGGAUCGUGUGGGGGGCCCCCUGUGGGGCCCCACAGGGGGGCCCCCCAAGGGGGCCCCCAGUCGGAUAUGAGCUGCGGAUGGGGCCCUGAGGGUUUGUGGGGAGGGUUUAGGGUUUUAGCUAGCGGUGAUGUUUUGAAGGAGGGGCCCCUUAGCUGGGUACUGGAGGCUGCGGCGUUGUUUAAACCCCCAAAGAAGCUGAAGGCGCCUAAGAACAGCGCUGGAGACGGAGAAACAAUAAAGGGCUUUCGUCGCGCAGACACCCCAAUGCUGCUGCAGCAAGAAGGAGACAGCUUAUUUAAGCAGCAAGCUGCAGCAGCAGCAGCAGGGGCCGUGUGGGGCCCCCAUCUGGGUCCUGCUGCUGCUGCUGCUGCAGGGAUUAACACUGCAGCAGCAAACAAAAAAAGAAAAAAGCAGCAGCAGCUUGAGGGCUUCUACAACUUCUCCAGGCAGGAGAAACGCAGACGAGAAGCAGAAGACGCGGCAGUGCGGGCGCAGAAGGUUUUGAAGAUUGUGGCAGAGCAAGCCAAGAAGAACGUCUUUAGCCUCACCAAACGUUAG